AUGAACGUAGUCAUUCGUCGUCGUUAUGUUGCUGAACUUCUCGAAAAAUGCGAUAGUUUUCAAUUUACUGAAUUACGUUCUCGUAUUAAACAAGAAAAUCAAACACAACAAUUUCCUGUGCAGGAAGUCAAAAAAUUUGUCAAGGAUCAUUGUAUCACUCGUUCAUCACGUAAAGGUGUACUUUAUUGUGUAAAAGGCACAUUGGUCAAGUAA